ACUCAAAUGAUUCACUAAAAGACUCAAGAGUGUCAUCAGUUGUUUACUUCAUUAUCACAGUAUCUCGUUUAGACAGCAUCGUGUCUACCGAUCAGCUGAAUAUAGCGGCUCACAAAACAAUAUAUUUAACAUAUGCAUGUGUUCGAUUGAUUGUUGUUGUGUUUACACGUUUAGUUUGUAAGACAUUUAACACUUGGGCCUGUAUUGAAUGGCAUUCAGUUGUUUAGCUAGCAGCUAGCGCUAACCUUUCAGCGCUCCUCAGAUUCACCCGUUUUAAACGGUCAAAACACAAACAACACGGAAACAUGUCGUGUACAUGUGUUUCGGCAGCGAGAAAUCUCCUAAAUUCAGCCCAUAAAGGAAUAUCAGGCUCCAGAGUCCAAUUACUGUCACUGACCCGGCCGGGAGCUCAUGAGGUCCGUGUGGCAUGUCGGGUCCCCAUGAGGUCCUUCUCAGAGACGGCCGUGUAUUAUGCUUCAAAAGACGGGAUCAAAGAUGGAGAUGGUGGCAAGAAAUCUGUCGGUGAAGGAAGUGGAAAAAGAGCCGGUUCUGGCAACUCGGGCAAAGGAGGAAGUCAUCUGCGAUGCCCUAAAUGUGGAGAUCCCUGCACACACGUUGAAACGUUUGUCUCAUCGACUCGCUUUGUGAAAUGUGAAAAAUGUCACCACUUUUUUGUGGUGCUAUCGGAAACCGACUCCAAGAAGAGUUUGAGUAAAGACCCAGAGUCGGCGGCAGAGGCCGUCAAGUUGGCUUUCCAGCAGAAACCCCCUCCACCACCUAAAAAGAUCUAUGCUUACCUUGAUAAGUAUGUUGUGGGUCAGGAUCACGCUAAGAAGGUUCUUUCGGUGGCCGUGUACAAUCAUUAUAAACGCAUCUACAGCAAUAUGCCGGCGGGCUCCAGACAGCAGCAGGUGGAGGUGGAGAAACAGGCCUCUCUCACACCUCGAGAGCUAGAGCUCAGACGACGAGAGGACGAAUACAGGUUUACAAAACUUCUGCAGAUCGCUGGGAUCAGUCCUCAUGGAAACGCGCUGGGCGCCUCCAUGCAGCAGCAGUUGAACCAGCAGGCACCUCCAGAGAAGAGAGGAGGAGAAGUGCUGGACUCCACACACGCUGACAUUAAACUAGAGAAGAGCAACAUUGUGCUGCUGGGCCCCACCGGCUCUGGGAAAACACUUCUGGCCCAAACGCUGGCCAAAUGCCUGGACGUCCCCUUCGCCAUCUGUGACUGUACCACUCUUACCCAGGCGGGAUACGUGGGAGAAGACAUCGAGUCAGUCAUCGCCAAACUUCUGCAGGACGCUAACUAUGUCAUUGAGAAAGCUCAGCAAGGGAUUGUCUUCUUGGAUGAAGUGGACAAAAUUGGCAGUGUUCCUGGGAUCCAUCAGUUGAGAGACGUGGGAGGAGAAGGAGUUCAGCAGGGUUUACUCAAACUCCUGGAGGGAACCAUUGUUAAUGUUCCUGAGAAGAACACAAGGAAGCUGAGGGGAGAAACUGUGCAGGUUGACACCACCAACAUUCUGUUCGUAGCAUCUGGAGCGUUCAAUGGUCUCGAUCGAAUCAUCAGCAGAAGAAAGAAUGAGAAGUAUCUUGGAUUCGGAACGCCAUCUAACAUGGGACAAGGCCGUAGGGCGGCGGCAGCGGCCGACCUUGCCAACAGCACAGGCGGAGAGAUGGACGCUGUGGCUGAGAUCGAGGAGAAGGACAGGCUCUUGAAACUCGUGGAGGCCAGAGACCUCAUUGAGUUUGGCAUGAUCCCAGAGUUUGUAGGUCGUCUUCCUGUCGUGGUUCCACUGCACAGUCUGGAUGAGGAGACACUGGUGCGAAUCCUUACGGAGCCCCGCAAUGCUGUUGUGCCACAGUAUCAGGCUCUCUUUAGCAUGGACAAGUGUGAUCUUAACGUGACACCCGAUGCGCUGAGAGCCAUCGCCAGAUUUGCUUUAGAACGUAAAACUGGUGCCCGUGGACUAAGAUCCAUAAUGGAAAAACUGCUGCUAGAUCCAAUGUUUGAGGUGCCACAUUCUGAUAUCGUGGCCGUGGAGGUGAACCAGGAUGUGGUUAAGGGAAAAGCACAACCUCAAUACAUCAGAGCUGCCGCUAAAGACACUGAAGAAGAGUACGAUUCUGGAAUUGAAGAGGAAAACUGGACUAGACAGGCCGACGCAGCUAAAAACUGAAAAAACACGGUUUAAAAUCCCAGAUUAUUUGGCCACCUCAUCCUCUAAGGAUCCAUUUCCAAGUCGAGUUACUCACUGUACGCCUGUGAUGAUUUGUUAGUCACUUUGGAAAAUUGUAUUCCUUAACUGAACCCACCUUUGCAUUCAUAGUAAAGAAUUAUGGUUUAGAGAAUUGUGUUUGAAACCAAGCAGAUGCCCCUGACACCAUGAGAGACUGUUAAUCAUCGUGAAAUGUAAAGAACAUUUUAUUUUAUUCUUAUUAACUUGUAAGUGAUUUUUAUGAACUGUUUGAUUGUGUUAUCUACAAAGACCGAGAGCGAGGGGGUUCAUAAACGUAAUAUAUUUUGACUUCAGAUUCUUUGUUACACUUUGCCCCGCUUGGAUUAAAACGACA